AUGAAGUCAGUGGUAGCAAUUAUUUUGACGCUGCUAUUGACGGUAGCAAUAGGAGCCACGGCUGAUAGCAUACAGGCUGGCAAUGUCGGUAUUCGCCGUCACGAAGGCAUGUUUCGACGCGCGAAAUCUAAUGACAAUCAAAGCCAUAACAAGUGGCAUGGACACAAUGGAAAUGACAAUGCAGAUAACGGAGAAAAAGAUGAUGGAGAUCACGAAGGUAGAAACGAUAAAGGAAGCGGUUCAAGCGAUAAUGAUGACGUUGAGCAUUAUCUUGUUGUUAAGACUAAUGAGGGUCGCGUCCGAGGGUUUUAUAACUCAACCUCGCAAGCAUAUGCCUGGAGAGGUGUGCCUUACGGUAUGGAUACAAGUGGUGAAAACCGAUUUAUGCCGCCCAAACCAGCCAAAAAGUACAAGGGCGUCAAAGAUGUAACGAAACAAGCCAAAGGAUGCCCGCAGCACGGUAGUGGCACGUCGAGAGCGGCCAUUUCAUUAUUUGGACUCUCGACAGAUAUUUUCAAAGAUGAGAAUCAAUCUGAGGAUUGUCUAACAAUGAACAUUUUUGUGGGAAAAGACAAUUGGGAAAGCUUCCGCGACUCUGGCUCCGAAGGCAAGAAGCUGCCAGUUUGGCUCAACAUUUAUGGGGGUUCUUUUGAGUGGGGUGCGUCCAAUGUCGAAAUGUACCAAGCCUACGAUCUCGUGAGUAAAAAUGAUAUCAUAUCGGUGAGUAUCAAUUUCCGUAACUGGAUUUUCGGAUUUCCCCAAGCUCCGCAACUCUACCCAACGAAACACACCGACGAUUCAGACUACCAGGGAGCUAAUCCAGGCAUGCUUGACAUAGACCUUGCGAUUGAAUGGGUCUACAAAAAUAUUGACAAGUUUGGUGGCGAUCCCGAAAAAAUUACAAUUGGUGGGACAAGCACUGGCGCUUGCGCGGCUGAUAACUGGGCAUAUACUCAUUACAACAAGCCAUCCUCCAAGUAUGUAAACGGGAUUAUACUUCAAAGUGGAUCCAUGACAUCGCUUGGUCGGUAUUUCGUUGCGGACCCUGGCGAUGACUUCACUGGCGAUGACAGCGUAUGGAACAUUGUGGCUAAGUACUUGGGCUGCGGAACAAGCAAUAGCCGGGAGCAAUUCAAGUGUAUGCAGCAUCAAAGGUGGGAAGACGUGAUUCAUGCAACAUUUGCAACAAACACAUCCUUUUUGAUGACCCCAGAUAAUAUUACUGCUUACGUGGAUUACGGCGAGCGUUUGGUUCAGCACAGAUUUGUUGAUGCUCCUAUGUUGCUUGGAAAUACCAAGGAUGAAGGAAACGCCUGGCUUAUCCACAACGCAUACCUGACGCGCAUUUUGGGACCUAUCAUUACGGCUGAGGUUUGGGUGUGCCCCACCCGUGUGCAAGCUAAACACCGAAGGGGCUACGCACCCACCUGGCGCUACCGUUUCAGCCCAUCAUUUUACAUCCCCGACACUCCGAAGAAAUACCAGUCUCUUCUAACGUAUCACGGCAGUGACACCCCCUAUUCGUUCGACACGUGGCAACAACUGAGCUAUAUUCCUACAGAAGAGGCGAAGAAGGACAAAGGACCUGUAUUCCAGAAUCCGCUUGCAACGGACGAUAACAGUGUUCGCGCGCCAGUCGCAAGUUUGUACAGUGCUGCUUUUGUCGCAUUUGUGUCUGACCCGCAGAAGGGUCUGUACAACUUUCAUUCGGGAUGGCCGGAAUAUACACCGGACCAGAGGAGCAUCGGCGACUUCGGCUACAAAAACAGUCCUCAUUUCCGCCUAGCUGAUUCAUCGGAAGUGGAUGGCCUCUGUCCUUUCACCGACGCUGAGAUCAAGGAAAACAAUGAGAAGUGGAAGGCCACCGCGCAGCGCUACCGAUCGUACCUUAUCUAA